CGGCCGCGACGGAGGGAGAUAGCGCUCAGCCUUAUUUUCACACUGUUCAUUUUUUACCGAACGUUCGAGGGCGGUCAAAGGCCACCACAACAACUCGCGAGGAGAGCGUGGAUCUUCUGAAUGUGCCUUCUGAUUGGUCGAUCGUCGCCGCCACCCGGGUAUACAUUAGGGAGAUUCUGCACCCACAGCAUCAAUUUCGCCUCGAGUGCGGAGAAGCUCACAGGAGCAAUUGCGUUCGGUCUCGAAGUGAUCUCAAGAGAUUUACGUCCUACAAUGAGCACCAUCGUCAACAACAUCAACAACUCCAUUGAGGAGAUGUCGAACUUGUACUUGCGUGAAGAAAGUAUCAGUAGAGGUGACUGGCUGUCUCUGGUGCGCCACACUUACAUCGAUCAAAGAGGAAGACCCAGAGUCUGGGAAGGAGCUGCGAGAACUACAAGGAAUGAAGACACCAAGAUCGAUGCUGUCGGUGUUAUUGCUUUCUAUAGACGCUUGCUUCACUACGACUGCAUUAUUCUCGUAAAACAGUAUCGGCCGGCUCUCAACGCCUAUUCUAUCGAAAUGCCUUCAGGUAAGGGAAACGUUUCUGCUAUUUUCACCUCACGUUACAGGAAAUAUUUGAAUAGUUCAUUAAUUUUACAUAUUUGACUUGUGGAGGAAAAUGAAUCACCUGCAGAAUCAGCUGUACGAGAGCUUAAAGAAAUCACAGGAUUCAGCGGUUCCAUUAAGAAGAUUGGGCCCAUUCUUGCUAUGGAUCCUGGUGCAUCAAACUGUGCUAUGCGACUUGUCACAAUUGAGAUCAAUGGAGAUGAACCUGAUAAUUUGCAUCUGAAAGGAAGUGUUGACAGCGAUCGCUUUAAAGAAGCUCUGCUUAUUCCUGUUUCUGAACUCCUGGAGAAAUUAAGUGCAUAUGCCGCUGCAGGUUUUAUAAUUGAUUCAAGAAUUGAUGCCUUUGCCAUUGGACUUGUCAUGGGAAACCAUUCAAGGAAAACCAAGAUUCCAACAACGCUCAUGUAGAUUUUCUUUACUGCUUCUUAGAUAAUUUGUACAAAUGUGAAAAUGUGAUAAUUUAUGUUCACAGUGAUUUUUACGAAUAUUAUGUUGAAAACCGUUGUCUGAUAAUUCUCCAAAUCAAAGACGUUUUAUAUACUUUGUAUUGGCUGUUAAUUUAGUAUUAAGAGUUUUCAGUAUAUGCGUGAAUGUAAGAAUAUGAAUCUUUCAUCUCUGCCUAUAGAUAUUUAUACUCGAUGAACAAUGGAGACAUUAUUCGUAAAGCAUGUUACUAGAAUCAUAUCUUCAUUAUUUACCUUUUAUUAAUCUUUGUAAAUAUUUCACAUAAUCAUUCAUAAAUCAUCUGUCAAAUGUUACUCAUUAUGUAAAAAUGAGAUGUGCAUGAAUGAAAAUGCAGAAUGGAUUGUGAACACUCUCUUUUCUGUGGUAUCUUGUAAGUUAAAAUAUGUAAAAUCAUCUGAAAAACCGUAUGUAUCUUCAAAAUUACUUGUUACAGUUACUUCUCACUUAUUUGUGUUUGCAUUUUUCAGUGUUUGUAGAGCAAUUCAUUUUUUUACUGAUGUAGACACCACGAUUUUGUAAUAAUUUUACAAAUGAAGCAACUGAAGAAAAGCUAACUGUAUCAUGCAUUAUAUUUUAAAUACUGAAUUAUUAUUUUUGAAGUUAUAAAUGGUAUUUUCUAUUAUUUAUAUGUCUUUAAUAAAAUGAAAAACAAUUUAAUA